AUGGGACGCAGAUCAAAGAAUAAGCAGGCGCCUCCUCAGCCAUUGCGCGAGGACCAUUCGCUUACCAACACCAUCAAGGGUAAACGCAAGGCGCACGAGUCGAGCCUUCCCGUCAAAAAGGCUAAAAUCGCACCUACAUCCACCAAGGCUCUUCGAUCAGCACCGGCAGCAGUCGCAAGGUCGAUCAAGACUUCGAAUUCCAAGACUGGCGCAAAUGGGAAGGCGAAAGCGCGGGCAGCCACAAUUGAAGAGUCAGAGGAUGAGGAUAGGGACGAGGAGGUGGAGCUGGAAGGCGAGGAAGAUGAGGAAGUAGACCAAGAAGAGGAAGACGAGGAGGAAGAGGAAGAGGAAGACGAGGAGGAGGUCGAAGAAGACCCAUUGGAGGCUCUCGGUCUGCCCAAGAAUGGUAAGCUUUCAGAGAGACAACGCAAGAAGGCGCUGGCUGAAGCAGAACGUCUCGAAGAGCUGCUAAAGAGUCAGGGCCUGUCACUUGAAUCUGAUGAUGACGACGACGAGCAAGACGAGGACCUUGAAGGCUCAGAGGAGGGUGAAGAAGGCUCGGAGCAAGAAGAGCUCGGUGAUGAAUUUGACCUUGGCGAGGAAGAUAUCGAGGGCGAAGAAGGAGACCAGGUCGAGCUUGAUGACGGGGACGAUGACAAAGAUGACGAAGACGACGAAGACGACGAAGACGAGGAAGCAGGAGGGGCCGAGUUCAUGCUUCCCACAUUGGAAGAGCGCGAAGCCGAAAAGGUGCGAGGUGCUGACCUCCAACUGGUUCACAUGCGCAUUCAAGAAGUCGUAACCGUGCUCUCCAACUUCAAGAAGCUCGCCGUCGACGGUCGCUCUCGCUCUGAAUACGUAGAGCAGCUUCUUGCAGACAUUUGCACUUAUUACGGCUACAACGCUUUCCUCGCCGAAAAGCUGUUUGAGCUCUUUACGCCUGCGGAAGCCAUCGAGUUCUUCGAAGCCAACGAGACGCCUCGACCCGUCACCAUCCGAGCCAAUACGCUGCGCACAAGACGUAGGGAUCUCGCACAGGCGCUCAUCAACCGCGGUGUCAACCUGGAACCCAUCGGAGCGUGGAGCAAAGUUGGUCUGCAAGUGUUUGAAUCGAGCGUUCCCAUUGGUGCUACGCCAGAGUACCUUGCUGGACACUACAUGCUUCAAGCCGCCUCGAGUUUCCUGCCAUGCAUCGCGCUUGCACCGCAACCCAACGAGCGUGUGCUCGACAUGGCCUCGGCACCCGGUGGCAAAUCCACCUACCUCUCCGCCUUGAUGCAGAACACAGGAACCGUAUUCGCCAAUGACUCGAACAAGAACCGAAUCAAGUCGCUCGUUGCCAAUAUCCACCGUCUCGGAUGCAAGAACGUCGUCGUCUGCAACUACGACGGUCGUCAGUUCCCCAAAGUUAUUGGCGGCUUCGAUCGCGUCUUGCUCGACUCACCCUGCUCGGGAACCGGUGUGAUUCACAAAGAUCAGUCGGUGAAAGUCAACAAGUCUGAACGCGAUUUCGCGCUUCUGACUCACCUUCAGAAGCAACUUUUGCUAUGCGCGAUCGACUCUGUCAACCCACGCUCCAGCACGGGCGGCUACGUCGUCUACUCGACCUGCUCGGUCAUGGUAGAGGAGAACGAAGAGGUGGUUCAGUAUGCGCUACGCAAGAGGAGCAAUGUCAAGAUCGUCGAUACUGGAAUCCAAUUUGGUAGAGAUGGAUUCAAGUCCUUCGGCAGGAGCAAAUUCGACGAACGCAUGGUGUAUGCCAGACGCAUUUUCCCCCACGUGCACAACUUGGACGGAUUCUUCGUUUGCAAGUUGAAGGUCAACCCGCCUUCCAACAACAAUGCAAGCGCUGCCAGGAGCGAGAAGCCCAACUCUGCCACCGCCGGUAUCGUCGAUGAUCAAGACCAGGAUGAUGUGCAACAAGACACAGACAAUGGCCUCGUCUCGUUGGACAACCCAGAAGAUCAAAAGCUCAUGCAGAAAUCGCUCAAAAAGGCAACGGCAAAAGGAAAAGCCCGCCGUUGA